UCCGCUGCAAUUCGCAUUCACAUGUUGCCGAUAGAUAGCAGCAGCGUAUCUCUACAGCGAAAUCAAGCGAAGUGUCUAGCCAACGAGCAACUGUGCGACGUGCGAGUUGAUUUAGUUUGUUCCGUGUAUUUUGUGACGUGUAAACGUGUGUUGUGUUUGUUUCAUAUUCAUUGUCGAAUUUAUCGCGUUCGAUUUUUUCUACGAGUUUCCUCUGCGGGAUUGGCAGUACGAGAUAUGUACGAUGUUUUCAGUGUGGACGCGAUCAAUAUAAAAUGAAAUGAAAUCUGAGCGUUUAUUCAGAGAUGAAAUCCUAAGGAAACGGAAUCUACUAUCAUGAUGGAACCACCACUUACGAGCAAGGUUCUCCGGGCCCCUAAUUUAAAGAGAGGUCAAGAGAACAUUAGAAUACAGAAUAGAAUUAAGUUAGAACGAGUGUUGGGCGUGACUGUAUCCAGCAAUGCAGCCCUUGAUUGCGACAUGACCAUCGAGCUGGUUGCUUAUCCAGCUGGCUGUACCGUCGUGCUAUUCAAUCCACGGAAGAACAGUCAAGCGCAUGUGUUGAACGCUUGUCGCAAAACCGUAACUUCUCUAGCGCUCGCCGGAGAUGGCAAGCUUCUGGCAACGGGUGAAUGCGGUCACAUGCCGAACGUCCGUGUCUGGGAUAUCUCGGAUCCGCAUAAUGCCGUGCAGAUUGCAGAAUUUCCCGGACACAAAUACGGUAUCAAUUGCGUGGCAUUUUCGCCAAGCAACAAGUAUGUCGUAUCGGUCGGCUCGCAGCACGACAUGAUCGUCAACGUUUGGGACUGGAGGAACAACGUUAAAGUAGCAUCCAACAAAGUUUCUAGCAAAGUAAAAGCUGUCUGCUUUGCGGAAAACGGUAAUUAUUUCGUCACCGUGGGUAACAGACACGUCAAGUUUUGGUACUUGGAAUAUUCUCGCAGUAGCAAGUACAAGGAACCUGUGCCUUUGAUGGGCCGAUCUGCCAUAUUAGGGGAACAAAGGAAUAAUGAUUUCGUUGAUGUAGCUUGCGGCAAGGGGGAAAUGGCGGAUUCCACGUAUGUGAUUACCAAAACGGGCCUGUUGUGUGAAUUUAAUAAUAGGAGGCUUUUGGACAAAUGGGUCGAACUCCGAACAAGCAGUGCUAAUUGCAUGACGGUUGGGGAUAAAUAUAUUUUUAUCGGAUGCGCUGAAGGAAUUGUGAGAUGUUUUAGUCCUAGUACGCUUCAAUUUAUCACAACACUUCCACGGACGCAUUAUUUGGGAGUUGAUGUCGCGCAAGGAUUGUCUAUCAGUCAUAUGUCUCAACAUCCACUUAACGCGAGAUAUCCAGAUACGAUUGCGUUGGCAUUCGAUGAACGAAACAACAAGCUAACCUGCAUCUACAAUGACCAUAGUAUCUAUGUUUGGGACGUGAAAGAUAUUAGACGGGUUGGCAAGUCGCAUUCAUUCUUAUACCAUUCGGCUUGCAUUUGGGGUGUCGAGAUGUAUCCAACCGGUCCAGACUCCGUCGGCGCGAUGCCGCUUGGGAGUUUCAUCACUUGCUCUAGUGAUGACACAAUAAGGAUUUGGAAUCUGGAGAAGGAUAUCUCGUCAAAUAAUACGUUGUAUAAACGAAACAUUUACAGCAACGAAUUGCUCAAAGUCUUAUAUGUGGAUCCAGAGUUGACUUAUCUGAAAGAUCUGGACUUAGCUGCCGCAGGAUCCACCGAAAAAAGCGACGCAUCUUAUGAUGGUCGUAAUGGCGUAAGAUCUAUAAGAGUCAGUCCUGACGGCAAACACCUUGCCUCCGGCGAUAGAUCCGGCAACAUUAGAAUUCAUGAUGUAUCUUCAUUAGAAGAACUGUGUUUAAUAGAGGCACAUGAUGCAGAGGUGCUGUGUUUAGAGUAUUCGAAAUUUUUACAAUACUCGGUAAAUGUCCCUAGGCUAUUGGCAAGUGCAUCGCGAGAUCGAUUAAUUCACGUUUUUAGCGUGGAUCAGGGAUACAAUUUCUUGCAAACGCUCGACGAUCACAGUUCGUCCAUUACUGCUGUCAGAUUCUUCAAUCAAUCAAAUCAGGACAAUCAAAUACAAAUGGUAUCCUGCGGCGCCGAUAAGAGUAUUAUUUUUAGACAGCUGCAAUCGACACCAGGUGGAAUGCCACAAUUCGCAAGAGAUCACAACGCUCAGGGAAAAACUACUCUGUAUGACAUGGAAGUCGAUUCCGGGCAAAAGCAUGUUUUAACUGCGUGUCAAGAUAGAAAUAUUAGAGUUUACAAUGUUACAACGGGUAAACACAAUAAAACUUUUAAAGGCUCCGUUAGCGACGAUGGCUCACUAAUCAAAGUCGUUCUAGAUGCGUCCGGUAUUUACGUAGCUACCUCAUGUACAGACAAAACACUUUGCGUAUAUGAUUAUUACAGCGGUGAAUGUAUGGCCACUAUGGUCGGUCACUCAGAAUUGGUGACAGGUUUACGUUUCAGUUCGGACUGUCGUCACCUCGUAUCUGCGAGCGGCGAUGGUUGCGUGUUCAUAUGGCGCGUGCCACACGAUAUGGUUGUGACCAUGCAAGCUCGUCUGGCUCAACAAGCGAUGCGCGCCGGCAAGAGACUGUCUCAGGUCAACGUUGGUAGUAUCGAUGUGCAAUUGGACAAAGAAACUUUCGGAACACCCCCACCGGAUUUCCUUGAUCCCAACGCGAAUCCGCCUCAAGGUAUCGGCAUGGAUUACAGAUUUAGUGUGGGUCAAUUGCCACUUUGGGCGAAGAAACAAAUAAAUACCACAAGUACUGAUGAUAGUGCGGUACUUGACUUGAACGUUAGAUCCCUCAAUGUUGAUCUACCCAAAGGAAGAUGGGCACAAAGAGUUCAAGAGAGCGACGGUAUCACUGUAAAGUCCGUCUAUGACAGUGAUGAAGUUAUACCGUUUCCUCCGUCUCGUACUGCUAUUGAUUCGGAUGGCGGUGGCGGUGGUGGUGGUUCAAAGGAUAGUUCCAUCGACAGCGGCACGGAAACGAAAUGUAGCAACGAAUAUCGCCGAAAAACAACAAUUAGUAAAAGGGAAGAGGGAGAAAACGUAUUCCAACCUGAUCCCGAAAGUUAUAAAGAGAUAGAAAAUGACACAAAACAGAUAAUUGAUGAUAAGAUAACAAUAAGAAACAAUAUCACGGAAUUAACACGUCAAUCAAGGAGUCGUCACCAUACCGACGAUAGCAGUCUUGGCAGCUUUAAAUUUGAGGAUCAUGAGAGCACUGAACAUGAUGGGGACGUUGAAGAUUAUUCCGAAGGGGAAAAUGGAACGACUGGUUCUGAGAAAUCACAUCAUAGAUUAAUAUAUUAUCCUCCAUCAGAAGAUAUUAUAUCAAAUCAAUUCACUGUUAACGCAAUAGAUGUUGAAGAGCUUCGAAGAUCGCAAAGGCGACAAAAAAGAUUAAAGAACGCAGAGAACAGUCGGACGAGCGAAUUGACCGCCUCUGGAAGCCAGGAUGAGUCUGACUCGGAAGGCGGUGCAUCAACUCCUAGCGCUGAAAGAAAUCCUCUAUCUAUAUUGUCUGAGGCUAGUUCAGAAGGUUUUGAUCAGCUUGCUAAACAGAAUCAUAGGGAAAAAUAUUUGAAAAACGCCUUCGAGUCACUUAGUGGAGCGGAAGAGCCUUUGAAUCGUAUAAAAACGACGAGUAUUAGUUCCCAAUUUCAUGGAAGACUUAGUGGCAGUGAAGGAACCACAAUACGCAAUGCAACAGUAGUUAAUGCAACCAAACACGCGAGAGGCGAUGUCGAUGUAGUGAAGAAACGAGAAGAGUUGCAAAGGAGGAUAGAAGAAACAAGAAGAAAAUUGCAAAGUGUCGGCUACAGAUCAUCAUUGAAAUCCAGCCAGAGUAUAUCCGAUUUGAGCAGCCAUAUACAAGCGAAGCAUCAUCGUUCGAGGCUCAGCACAGGUAACAGAUUCGGUCAAAAAAACCAAUUUUCAAAACCGACUAAUCCCUGCAAACCUAUGCUAAAUCCAAAGUCCACAUUUAAACCUCAACAACUCACUAAUAAGGUUCAAGGUAUGGGGAAUGCAUUGCCUAAACUAGAGGUACCAAAUGAAAACUACUUAUCAAAAAAUAAAACUAUGUUAUGUAUUGAUGAGAAAACAAAACCAAGUCAUAGCCGUCCAAUAACAUUGACAUUAAAGAAAACUGAAAAGUAUAAGCUGUCUUUGAAUAAGACUAAUCAAUCUUUACCCGAAUCUCCUGUAUGCGAGGAAUUGAAACUACUGAAAGAGCAAUGUAAGAAGACUGCAACUCGGUUUGCGAGAUUUGCUCAAAAGAGGAGAUCUUGUAGCUACUUUAUUGAUCUGGAUGAGGAUAUGGAGAACAUCGCGAAAUCCGUUGAAAGUUUACCAGCUAUGAACGAGCGUAACGUGGAAAAUCUCAAAGAAACCAUGGACGAUGCGGAAGAAAACGGCAAUUUCAGCGACGAUUCCUUGGAGGGGGAUUUCAAGAAUCCACCUCGACGUUGCAUUAGUGACUAUCAGAUAAACAUUCAUAUGGACGACCAUAGAAAUCAUUCAAAUUAUCAGAAUUUUCAAAAGAAAAUUUUAACGGGCUCUCAGGAAAGCAUACUUUCAGAUGCCUCUAUUGAGUCAUUCUCCAAAGAAAGUGUCGAGAUAGAUUAUAAUCAUUACGAUCACGAUAGACACUCAAGUGCGAGCUUCUUUUUGUCCCGACGUAAGAUGCAAGCGGGCAGAAGUCAGGAGAGUAUAUUGACCGAUGAAUCGGAUUAUCAGAUAUUUCCAUUGCGCGAGAACACCGCUCAUCAAAGCACAGAAAGUGUAUUAACCGAUGAUUCCGAUUCUCUGGUGAAAUCUGCACCUUUGGAAAUGUUGUUCGAUUCGCAUUACAAACGAAAGAGGCAGAACUCCGAAACUUAUAGCGAAAAUCCCAAUAAUGUUAUAAGAGCUGCUGUAGAUAAUGCGCGAAGUUCUGUUAAUGAGAAUACAUUGUACAGAACAGUAUUUAGAUCAAAAUCCUUACAAGACACCAGAAUUAACAAAAUAAAGAACGACAUAAAUUUUAUAGAAAAUAACGCAUCACCGGAAACUCACGUUUAUUAUGAAUCUAAUUUUGACAACGAACAUAAGGGAAAUGUAGACCCGGCAAUUUAUGGCAAAUUAGAACCGAUCUCGCGUAGUAAUAGCUUGAAAGUGCCUAUGAAACCAGAAUCGAUGAUGAUUAUGAAUAACUUUGUUGCUCAUAAACCACCGAAACCUAAAAAAAAUUUAUCUCGUACUCAGAGUAUGCGUAACAGAAUUAAACCAAGCUGGAAAUAUAUCGAUACGCCAUCUUUAUCAUCUACUGUAAAAAGCGCCGCCGAUUCCGAUAAUUAUAUAGCGCUUCCCAAAAAUUCAUCUUAUUCAGAAUACCGAGUUACGCGAAGCGAUUCAGAAAUUAAACGAGAUUCGAUUAAUACGGAGGCAAUGAAGCAAGUUUUGCAAUUUGCAAACUAUGUACAAGAAUCUGAUAACGAUAAAGACAGUAGACAUAAGUUCUACAGCUUACAAGCUCAUUGCACUGAUAACAAUGUUAUGUUGCAAGAUAAACUUAUACGUGAUAGGAACGAUUCUUCGCAUUUAAUAAAGAAUCAUUAUUUAGGAAAAAUUCAUGACACGAUCGAGAAACAAAGCAAACCUUCCGAUAAGAAACAAAACUGCUUUGAAAAUGAAAUUCCAACGAAAGAUACGGAAACUUAUGACUCGUUAGAGCCUAAUGGGGCCUCCUGCGAUUUGCAAAUGAUGGAACUGCAGUUCGAUGGUUCAAAUUUACAAUCUGCCAACAAACGAAUUGACAAUCUGGAUGCGAACAUGGAUGUCAGAAUAACUCGCGCCAUUGAGGGUACUGUGAAGUUACUUUCGAAAGAAUUUGAAAAUCUAGUGAGACAAAAACAAUACUUCAUGAAGGACAAAUGUUCGCGAUUGACGCAAUGUCAAGAUAGGAGCGAGAACUUCGCUAAAUUGCAGGCCGAACGAGAGAAUAAGUUUUUUGUUAAUAAACGCGAUGUACGCCUACAUUCAUGUGGCGAGGACUGCGAUUGCAUCGAUGUAUCAGUGAUGGACAGAUCGCUAAUGGAAAGCGGCUCCUCCACGUCCGCCUCAAGUUGUACUAAUUCACCAAAGAGAAUGUGGCCACCCGCGUCGCGAUGUCAGAGUCACAUGAAGUGGACAAAAACUUUGCCGACGAUCAAUCAAGCUAUUCUUCCUACAAAACAUCCGUAUGCAGGUAUUGAGCAAAUAGAGAAUGUUUGCGUGUAUUUUUACAUGUUAUUAAAUAUCAUUAUAUGAAAAUCGAUAGAGAAUUUAUGUCGCGAUUACGAGUGCACUACUAAAUCGCAUUAGCACGUUAUACCAUUAAAAAGAAAUAUCUCUGUUAUAUUUAUAUAUGCAUAUAUCCUAUCUGUGUGAAUGUAAAUAUAAUACAAUUAUUAUAUCCAAUUUUAUUUCAAGGCAACAGCAACUUACUUUUCAGUUUUAAUGCUUUUAGUCGUCAAAAUUUAGCUUUAGUAAUAUUGUUAUUAUUUUCAUUUGGCACGAAAUGCAACUGCAUGCUUUUCUUAUUAAAUAUAAUAAUAUCCUUAUCUUUUUCUCCUUUAUCACUAUUCUUUUUUUUACUAUCAAUCGUUAUUUUAUAUUUUUUGCACAUUUGUGCAAGAAGCUCGAUGUUAAAUAGCAAUCUCUGUUUAGCGUUAAUUCAAAAAAAUUUGCAAAACUAGAAUUACGCUUCCAACUUUAGCGUUUUAUAAUAAAAAUUAGAAUAUAUCAUGCGACGCGGUAGCGUCGCGAAGCCAAGUU